AUGGCGGCCUACAGGAAGGCCUAUGCAGCUGUAAGAAAUGGCAAUCCUCAGCAACAGUGCCCACUUUUAUUCUCAUUGCCUAUGGAUCCUUACUCUGCAUAUCUCUUACUCGAGGAAGAUGAGCAUGAUAUGAAUGGCUCCAACUGUUGGGGGUUCCGCAAAGCUUACCUGCGAAAAUUGCCAUUUCCCCAAGACAAAUGCUUAACAAUCCAGAACACUAAACGUAAGAGGAAAAAUUCUCCAACAGAAUCUUAUAGCGUGUAUUUUAUUCCUGUUUUGGGCCAACCCAUCUCCUCCAAUUGCUACUAUGUCGUGCGAGCUGAGGGCAAACACAAGGGAAGACUAGUGGAAACAUGCUCUACUGACGAAGACAUGGUGACCUUUUGCUGCUGUAGAUCUGUGAAGGACUUUCAUCCUAGACCUUUGCAACCCGCCGAGUCAUAUCAACAUAUGAAGAUAAUCUCCGGUAGGAAGUCUAGAUUUAAAGCAAAGAGUAUAGUUUCUGAUGGUUUCCCUCCUCUGUUCUUGCGUAGGAAGCAUCGGAUUAUGGUAGCCAAAGACAUGUGUGGUAAUCAUCGCAGACUUGCUCAUGUUGGAGGGGAAAAUCCUGAGCUGAGAGCACAACUUCCCCCUUUUGAUUUCCCUUUGUUACAGAGAAGGCCCCCAGUUGUUAUAGUUGGGGAGUGGUACUGCCCCUUUAUCUUUAUCAAUGAAUUGGGUACCAGAUUGAAGGAUCCUCAGAUUCAGGUCAUGGAGUGUCCCUUCUACAAGAUGGAUCUAGAAAAGUUCUGGGAAGAGAUAUAUUCUACUGGAGGCGAGAUAUAUUCUACUGGAGGCGUGACAGAAAAAUAUGUUGAUGUGGAGAAAAGCUUAAUGGUUGAAGAAGUGUUACUGUUUGGAGAAGAGGAAACUGAGGAGAUUAGAGAUACUGAUGGGAGUGUUUUGUUUAGAGGUGUGGGGAAGCAAUCAAGAAGGGGUGUUGGUGUGAAGCUUAGCUGGCCCAUCAUUGCCAAAAUGAGGGCGGAUCAAGAAAGAUAUGGAUUAGAAGGAGUAAGAGAUGUGAGGGUGAAGAAAUCCUUUAGUAGCAAUGGGAUGGCAAGAAAAUUUUCUUGUUAUGUUGUAGUGGAAAGAUAUGUAUUGAAAAGAAUGGACGGGAGCGUUGCUCUUACUUAUUCUUUCAGAAAUUCGAACCAAAUCCAGGGGAAGUGGGAAGUAUGA